UAGAUUUUCAAUUAAAUAUUAUAAAGACAGGUUAUGGAAGAAGGAGAGAAUGAUGACCAGAUCAGCACAGUUUCUGUGGAAGGUCAAACCCUUAAAUCAGAUUCAAGUCAAGAAAGCUACAUUGCAAAGGGAAGAAACAAGGAUAUAGAGCAACCGAAGACUGAAAAAUAACAUUGAUUCCUAUAUCCUUGGAAGAGCUAUAGGACAGGGAACUUUUGGGAAAGUCCGAUCAGGAACCCACAUCAUCACUGGAGAAAAGGUUGCUGUCAAAAUUUUAGAAAAAGAAAAGAUUAAGGACAAUAACGAUGUCCAAAGAAUAAUCCGUGAAAUAAAGAUACUCAAAUCUGUAAGACAUCCUAGUGUCAUUCAGCUCUAUGAGAUCGUGGAAACCCAGAAUCAGCUUUAUCUCAUAAUGGAGUAUGCUGAAGGAGGAGAAUUGUUCGAUUUGAUAGUCGACAGACAUCGACUGAGCGAAGACCUUGCUUGCAAGUUCUUUAGAAGCCUCAUUUUUGGUAUGAAGUAUAUCCAUAGUUUAAAUAUCUGCCACAGAGAUUUAAAGCCUGAAAAUUUGCUUCUUGACCUCAACAGAGAUUUGAAGAUAGUUGAUUUUGGACUUUCAAAUGUCUAUGAAGUUAAAGGCAGAGAUACCCUCAAAACUGCUUGUGGUUCACCAUGCUAUGCAGCACCUGAAAUGAUAGCAGGACAAAGUUACCAUGGAGAUAAGGUUGAUGUAUGGAGUGUCGGGAUUGUCUUAUACGCAAUGGUAUGUGGGUACCUUCCAUUCGAAGACCCAGUCACUAAGAAAUUAUAUAAAAAGAUCUUGAGUGCUGACUACAAAAUCCCCAAAUAUGUUUCAAGUUCAGUACGAGAUCUUAUAACAAAAAUCUUAAAUACUAAUCCAGAUGAGAGAUACACUAUAGGAGAAAUAAUGGAACAUCCAUGGUUUGUCAAAGUUAAUACAUUUCCUUGGCCUUUAACCUCUCUAAACGGAGAGAUUUUAAAUUCAGAUAUGGAAGAGUACCAAAAUUCUCAAACAAGUGGAGGAGUUAACACAAAUAUCAAGCCCGUACCCAUAAAUCUGGAAGUAAUUGAUCUUCUUGAAGAAUACGGCAUUGAUAAAGAAUAUGCUAUUAAAUGAGUAGAACUUAACCGCCACAACUCAAUAACGAGCACAUAUUAUUUGAUCAUUAAGAACAAGAAGAGAGAAGUUGUAGCAGAGCAAUUGAAGAAUGGUAGAAAGUUUGACGAUGUAAUUCGAAACGAAAAACAACAGCUUAUGAAUCUCUUAAAAGACCUUGGCAAAUCUAAGGAUAAAACUUCUGAGAUCAAAAACAAACCAAACCAAAAGAAGAUAACUGAUGAAGUUCAUAAAGAAAAUGAGGGUUCUGAAUCAAAACAGAAGGAAUUCAAUAAAUUAGCUCUAAGGCCUAUCAAAAUCCCAGAAGGUCCGAUUGAGACUCCCCAAGAAAACUCUCCUCCUCAAAUGCAGAACAGAAAGAAGAAAAUCAAAGAUCGAAACGAAAGUGUAGAUGCUUGAAAUAAAAGCAGGAGACUUCAAAAGAAAAAGAAAGUAAAUACCUCACAAGGAUAUGAAGAUGAAGAAAUAAUUAUCUCUAGUAGAGAUCACAACAGAGAUGAUGAAUCCCCCUCUCCUGAAAGAUAUGACAUAGAUCCGAAGAACAAGAAGACCAUUUUUGAAAUAGAGACGAAGAAAGCUAAGAAAAAGAACUACUUUUCAGUUACAAAUAAGAAAUCCAAGAAAUAUGAUUACAGAAGUUUUGAGAUAAAUACUUCAAAUCGACAGAAUUCUCAAAUAGCUCAUAAUGGUUCAACUGCUCGGAACUCAAAGCCCAGAUCAGACUCUGCAUCAAAGUCUGCUGCUAAAAGAGGUGCUAAGGAUUAUAUGAUCAGGAAUAAUUUUCAAAGAAAUUCAAAACUUAGAAAAGACUCUCGUGAAUAUAAGCAUGCGAAGAACAACAGCAAGGAGUCUCGGAAAAGCAACAUGAACAACUUCUCUGUCCUUUCUAAGUCAGUAGACUCGAGUGGAAAGGACGAUAGGUCAAUCGCUUCGUUCAAAAAGAGGACUGAAAAAAAUCAGACCAUUCCUGUAUCUCACCUUGUCAAACUAGCUUCUUUAAAGAAUCAGGAAAGACGAGUUAAGGAUUCACCAUACACAACAAGUUAUGCAUCUAAGGCUAAGCGGAAGGCUAAAGAGGGGUCAAGUAAAGAUCUUAACAGAAGUAGUGAAAAAGAUAAGUAUGCUCCAUUCAGUGAGGUUCAAAAGAUGAACAUGACUCAGAAAAUCAAAGUGAAAUCUAUUUCUCAAAAUAACCGGAAAAAGAUCAACAAACAGAACUGGAAUACUAUCAAUGAUGUUUCAAUUGACAAAAUAAUGAAGCAUUCAAAACCAAACAAAGGUUCCAAAUCAAAGCUGAAUUCUACAAUGACUUUGUACAAGAAAAAGGCUACUUUCCUUCCUUCAAAUGUGAAUGCAAGAGAUGCACAGAAUCUGAGCCAGAAUGCUCGGAUUAAUAAGAACAACGAGGUGGCAUACAAACAGCAAAUAAGAGAUAAGCAAAAGGGAUGUUUUGACUUUAACAAAACUGUGUUGAUCCAGAACCAGGAUUACUCAAACUUGAACUCACAUGCUCAGGUGAGGAAGAAAUAUGUCAAUAAGAAAUAUGAGCAGAAGAAAUCUUUAAUGAUCCCAAAGCAAGUAUUAAUGAAUAAGAGUAAGGACUCUAAGCAGAAACAACGAGUCAAGCAGGUCUACAAUGUCCUCCAUAAGAAGAACUGAUCUAAAGAGAGGAUAUUUGAAAGAGUUCCACCUAAAAGACAUAGUUCAUAUGAAGAAAGAGCGAACAAAGAUUCCCAAAAUCAGAAAAUGGAUCCUCGGUUAUUUGUAACCCAGCGUAAUUAUAACAGCACUGCUAUGAAAGGGAAUGAAAAUACUGUUUAUCACAAAUAUGAUUACUCUAUUGGGAAAAAUCCCCAAGACUAUAUUGUUGUACGAGGAAAGAGUAGCACCUCUGUUCAGAAUUACAUAAAGAGGACUAACUCAGGGCCAGGUUGUAAGAGACAUUUACAGCCUCGUCAGAAUCCUCUGAUCGGACAGUCUCCUCGGCAGACUUACAAAAUCCACUUAACUCCUAGUGAGAAGAAGCAGAAGUACACCAAGAAUGGUUCCUAUGGGAGGAAUCCUAAUAAAAAAGGUUUUAAAUAAGUCAGAGAUAUACUAAUUUCAAUUAAAAUUUUAAAA